CGGCAGCAGGGGGACGAUGAUCGAAGUCAUCUGCAACGAUCGGUUGGGAAAGAAGGUGAGGGUGAAGUGCAACGAAGACGACACAAUAGGGGACCUGAAGAAGCUCAUAGCCGCGCAGGUCGGCACACGACCAGAGAAGAUCCGGAUCCAGAAGUGGUAUACCGUCUACAAGGACCACAUCACCCUUGAAGACUACGAGAUCCACGACGGCAUGGGAUUGGAAAUGUACUACAACUAGUACCGCCCUUCCCCAUUAGAAGCUGGCGCGCUGGUGUUAUGCUCGCCAGAAUUGUAUGCAUAUCGUAUCGGGCAUGGGCUGGAGAUGGGGGCGGACACGCUGUUUUGGCGACUCGGCGUAGAGGUGGGGCAUGGACUGGAAGUGGGGAAAGAGGGGGCGUGGGCUAAGAAUGUGGUAGGGCCGAGCGGGGGGGCAGACGUCCCCGGCAGUGUCGGUUGACACGUGUAUGUAGGCGAUGCCGGAGGUUGUAAGAUAGGGUUGGCGAGGUGAUCAGCAUCUGUUGGACGUAAUGUACUCCUUCCACUGUGGUUUUGGUUGGAGCCUUGGAGUUAAUACCAAAUGAGGUAAUGUCUUCCUUUGAGAACGCCCCGCGGGGCGCGAAAAAACUUUUUUCUCGGGAAGAA